CAUAGUGGGCAGGGAGCCGUGUGCGUGUGACGUAGACGGCCGGCGCGCGGCUGCGACGUGGUGACGCUCUCGGCGUAACCAGGGGCAGCGGAGAGGGGAAAAUGGCGAACGCGGGGCUGAAGGGAAGGAGUGCAGCCCGCCGCCCCGCUCCCCUCGCCUGCUUUUAGAUAUCACCGCUCCUUGCUUCCCCCCCCCUUCAAAUUGAACUUCUCCGUGCGGUCCAUGCCCUGACUAUUCGGCAACAGCAGCAGCACACUGGCUCGGGGGGGGUGUUUACGAGGGAAACCUCAGCUGCUGCCUCCUCCUUCCUCGAAUAUCAUUCACUGUCUGUCAGAGUGACGGUUAUUAACAUGUCCCCUCAUGGAAGGACAGUGAGUUACUGCUGAUGACUGGACAGUCUGUGCUGGCCGCUUUCAGACAGAACUCAGGGAAAUUUAUUCUCAACUGCAGCUAUAAAGGAAUCAUGGGCUAAAUGUGUGCAAACCCAUUGACACAAUGGGAACGGCGUCUUCGCUGAUUGGCCCAAAUGAAGUCAUUGAAGACACGGAUGGUGGCGGUGGGGAGGCUUGCGAGAUCCCAGUGGAAUUCAAACCGAAGGCCAGACUGUUGCGCAGCUCCUUUAGAAGGGGUCCACGGGUAAUUGGUGCAAGCUUCAAAUCAACAACUUCAGUUGACCUUGAAUAUGCUGCGGAAUAUGAGCGACUCAAGAAAGAAUAUGAAAUCUUCCGUGUCAGUAAAAAUAAUGAGAUUGCCUCCAUGCAGAAAAAGGAAACCAAACUUGACAAGGAAAAUAAAAGAUUGAGAGCGGAGCUUCAGGCUUUGCAGAAAACCUACCAGAAGAUACUUCGAGAAAAAGAAAGUGCCCUUGAGGCAAAAUACCAGGCAAUGGAGAGAGCUGCCACAUUUGAGCAUGACAGGGAUAAAGUGAAAAGGCAGUUCAAGAUUUUCAGGGAAACGAAGGAGAAGGAGAUUCAAGAUCUAUUACGAGCCAAGCGUGAGUUAGAAACCAAAUUUCAGAGACUGCAGGCUCAGGGUGUUCAACUGUUUGAUCUUGCUGAUUCUGACUCAGACGAUAAUCAUACUGAUGUUACAGCCACAGGCACUCAGUGUGAAUACUGGAGUGGUGGAGUCUUGGGAAGUGAGCCAUCUUUGGGCAGCAUGAUACAGCUUCAACAGACGUUCCGAGGUCCAGAGUUCGCACAUAGUUCCAUAGAUGUCGAAGGACCGUUUGCCAAUGUUAAUCGAGAUGAUUGGGAUGCUGCUAUGGCUAGCUUGCUGCAGACGACACCAUUUCUUCCUCAGACCCUUUGGAGCAAUACAGUGCGCUGUUAUCUCAUGAAUUCUGCAGACACACAGCCUGAAGUGGACUUGCUUCUACAAGAAUAUUUACCGAAGCUGCAAAUGAUGUGCGAGAGUCUUGGGCACUUUUUUCUUCCAGUACAAUUCGCAGUGGAGUGUGCCAGUCAGUAUCUAGCUGACAGAAAGCGAGAGAUAGAGAAAAGCUCCUUGUGUCUUUUCCUUCUGGGUUCUGCUUUACCUCGGUGUAUAGAAGAGGACUGUGAAGAAAGUUUCCUGAAGAAUGCUGACACUCGACCAUUGAUAAUAUACCACAGAUUGGAGGAGAGCAGUGGGAAUUCAGACUUAGUAUUCCAGAUGAUUGGCAGACUGUCUGAUGCACAUCAAAACCAAAAAGCAAAGAUCAUUGAGCAUGAUGGAAGUGCAGAGGAGGGAGCAAAGAAAGUGUUUUCCCAAGUCGAAAAGCUUAUUAAACAGGAAUUGCUGGGUUGGGGAAGCACAGAUCUUGAAAACAAAGAUUCUGGAAUUGAGGAUGAUUCCACCAACUGGGAAGAGGAGGACAUUGACGAUGCAAUUUGGGAUAUGCAUGAUGAGCAGGAACAGUUAGAAGCUUUUCAAGUAGCAGUUGGAUCAACCUGUGAAUUGGGAUUUGAGAAGUAUUAUGCUCGGCUGAAUGAACUGGUGACAGCUCCUGCACCUAUUCCUCCACUUCUUGUGUCAGGUGGUCCAGGCUCUGGAAAAUCGCUUUUGCUCUCCAAGUGGAUUGAGCACCAGCAAAAAUGUUCCCCAAACACUUUAGUUUUAUAUCACUUUGUGGGAAGGCCCCGGUCCACCAGCUCAGAGCCAGCUCUAAUAAUAAAGCGACUGACUGUAAAGCUAUUGCAGCAUUCGUGGUCCAUGUCUGCCCUUGCCCUGGAUCCAAAUAAGUUACUGGAAGAAUUUCCUCGAUGGCUGGAGAAACUGUCUGCACGCCACCAAGGCAGUAUUAUCAUAAUCAUUGACUCCAUUGACCAGAUUGAGCAAGCUGAACGGCACAUGAAAUGGCUGAUUGAUCCAUUGCCUGUCAAUGUAAGGGUGAUUGUUUCUGUAAAUGUGGAAACUUGUCCCCAAGCAUGGAGGUUAUGGCCAACACUACACCUUGAUCCAUUGAACCCAAAGGAUGUCAAGACUCUGAUCAAUUUGCAGUGCUGUAAUGCUGACGUGAAAUUGACUAGAGAACAGGAGAAGAAGUUGGAGAAACAUUGCAGAUCUGCGACUACAUGCAAUGCACUGUAUGUUACCCUACUGGGCAAAAUGAUCACAAGUAUCAAAGGUUUGGGAGAUAUAGAUCAAACUCUCCAGAAAUGUUUCCAGUGUCAGGAUACAGUUUCUUUAUACAGACUUGUGCUGCAAUCUAUACAGCAAUCUCUACCUACUGACAGGGCCAAGCAGCUGAUGAGAGAGAUUCUCUGUCUAAUCUAUGUGAGUCACAAUGGUGUUAGCGAAGGUGAACUAUUAGAGAUUUACCCAGAACUUUCCUGGCCUAUAUUAGCCUCUCUUCUUCAUAGUUUGCAGGGCACGUAUGUGAUAACAUACAGCUGUGGAUUGCUGAAGUUUCAGCAUCUUCAGGCUUGGGAAGCAGUGAGAUUGCAAUAUAUGGAAAAAGAAGAGUCCGACACUAUUACAGUGUACAGAGAAAAACUUGUGCAAUAUUUUUCACAUCAAAUGAGUCAGGGCAGAGUAACCUGGCGUGAUGCUGAUGAACUUCCCUGGCUCUUCCAGCAACUGGGAGACAAACAGAAACUGCACAAUUGCCUGCUGAACCUUUUUGUCUCUCAGAAUCUUUACAAGAGGGGCCAUUUUGUGGAGCUGCUUUCGUACUGGCAAUAUGUGGGAAUGGAUAAAACUUCUAUGGCUGCUGCUUAUUUUGAGUCUUUAAAGCAGUAUGAAAAAAAAUGUGAGGGCGAAGAUAUGAUCACACGUUUGGCAGAUCUCUAUGAAACAUUAGGGCGCUUUUUGAAAGACUUGGGCCUACUGAGUCAGGCCGUAACACCCUUGCAGCGUUCUCUGGAGAUCCGAGAGAGUGCAUUGGAUCCUGAUCAUCCCAGUGUGGCUCAGUCCUUGCACCAGUUGGCUGGUGUGUAUGUACAGUGGAAGAAGUUUGGAAAUGCAGAGCAGCUGUACAAGCAGGCACUAGAAAUCAGUGAAAAUGCCCAUGGUUCGGUUCAUCCCCGGGUGGCUCAGGAGCUGGAUGCUCUAGCAAUGCUUUAUCAGAAACAAAAUAAACUGUUUCAUAUUUUGAGGUAUGAACAAGUGGAGCCAUUAAGAAAGCGGUCUAUGAAGAUCCGACAGAAGGUUUCCACACAGAAAGGAAACAUGCAUGGUUCUGCUGUUCUUCGCCGCCGCGCUCUACAGUUGGAGGAGCUUACACUUGGGACAGAGUCGGCAGACACUGCUCGCAUACUGAAUGAACUGGGAGUUCUCUACUACCUUCAAAACAAUAUUGAGACAGCUGAAAUCUUCUUUAAACGUUCAUUGGAAAUGAGGGAGCGGACCCUUGGUUGUGACCAUCCUGACUGUGCACAGUCUUUGAAUAACCUGGCAGCUUUAUACAAUGAGAAGAAGGACCAUGAGAAAGCUGAGGAGCUGUAUGAGAGGGCACUGGAUAUUCGGCGUAUAGCCCUGGCACCUGAUCAUCCCUCUGUGGCUUAUACUGUGAAACACCUGGCAGUGUUGUAUAAAAAGCGAGGAAAAUUGGACAAGGCUGUUCCUUUAUGUCAGCUGGCAGUUGAAAUUCGUCAGAAGUCCUUUGGCCCGAAGCACCCAAGUGUGGCAACUGCCCUGGUGAAUUUGGCUGUUCUGUAUUGUCAGUUGAAAAAACACGCUGAAGCUUUACCACUGUAUGAACGUGCUCUGAAAAUUUAUGAGGACAGCUUGGGUCGUUCUCAUCCCAGAGUGGGGGAGACACUGAAGAAUCUAGCAGUGCUAAGUUAUGAGGAGGCCAAUUUUGAAAAAGCUGCUGAGCUAUACAAAAGAGCAAUGGAUAUUAAGGAAGCUGAGGCCUCAUUGCUUGGUGGAAAAGCUCUUUCAAGACAUUCAUCCACGGGAGACACUUUCAGCUUAAGAAAUGCGCUGGUUUCUAAUCCCUACCUAGAACUGGGAUACAGAUGACUCAUGGAUAGAAAUGGACUGCAGAACCUGUAAAUAUGAAAAAUAUUGGGACAAGGUGAUAUUGUUAUUUCCGUUUUUACAGCUGCCUUGAUUACUAUAUGCUAUGUCAAGCCUAAAAUGGAGUUAUAUUUAAAUUUGCAGCGGUAAUUUUCUAAGAAACUGAAGUAAUCAUGUUAGGAGAUACAAAUUACAUAAAGAAAUUUAUCAGAAAGAAAAAUUAGGUUCAAGCAGUAAAGCUGUGACAAUGGAAAGCAAAGUCCUUUCAGCUAGUAACUGGUAUCAUGUUACCCUACAGGUGUCCUGAAUUAGCAGAACACAUUUGUAAAAGAAGAUUUCAUUACUGAACAAUAACACUGCUUGGGGAAAGCAACAAAGCUUUCUGUGAGCAACAUUUGAGGUUUUUAUCAGUGCUGAUUUUGUUUUUAUUCCAAUUGAGUAUAAAUUUGUCUCAGUCUUAAACAGGCUUAAAUAUAGCAAUGUUAAAUAACCUCCUUUCUUUGAAAGGAAAAACGUUUUUCAAGGAAACCUAAACUAAUACUUCCAAAAUAAAAUUCCACAGAUCACCUUGAAGGAGAGUAACAAGAUAAUAACUGUACAAAAGAAUGUUGAUGUAUUUUUUUUAGUUGCUGCAGGUGAAAGUUCUUUAUAUUAUUGAAAAUGCAGUAUUGUGAAGCAAAACACAACUGCUCAUUUCAGUGAUAUGCUCAAUACCUCAAUAUUAAAUAUAGGACAUAAAUAUCUGGCUAUCGUGCCGUUUGCCAUGGAAACCCUCAUCUCACAAUGAAGGGAAAGGUCCUUUUGGCCAAUACAGCUGUUUUUGUGAGCUCAUUCAACAGUUCAGAUGCACUCCUCCCAUUGCUCAUCCAAAACUCCGCAUCCUCCAUCUGUUCAACAAAGUAUCCUGUUCAACACUAACCUUGCUGACCUCCAAUGACUGGUAAUCCUACAGCACACUGCCUCCAGAAAUCCCUCACCUUGUCUCCAAUUCAGACCAUGGUCUCACUUCACCCAAGUGACUGCUUGCAUCCUCCAUUUUACAGCUGCUCUUGUAGCCUGUGUAAGGGACAGUACUGAAGAGCUGUAAGCCACUGGGAGUUAACAAGUGUAAAAUCCGUUGAUUAACUGGAAACUCAUGGAAGGUAUUGUUUGCACUAAGGAGGACUGCAAUAAAGACCCAACAAGUUAAUAAAUUUGUAGGAUGGAUUUGUAAUUGACAAGCUACUUUCAAUGUAGACAAUUGUGACGUGAUACAUAUUGGUGAGAGUAACAUAAACUACGUGGCUCUUGAGAAAUGAGUAGAGUGAGAAAGGCACAAAGGAUUCUAGGGGAUUGAUUCACAUCAUUAUAAAUAACAACAUAGGGUUUAGCAAAGGUUAAUUAGCAACACAGGUUAAUAAGGCUUUGAAAAAAUGUGAAGCAUGAAAGUUCCCUUCCAGAAGAGGGUCAGAACUGAAAGUACUGAGACAGUGUUAAAUUUAUAUUGAAUGCUUGUUAAGCCACAGGAAGAAUAAGAUGAAUACUGCAGGAGACUUCAUGUUUAAAAAAGGAAAUUGGGGCACUCCUUGGAGAAAGUGGAAAUAAGAAAUGACACACCAUAGCAAACCUGAGAAAUUAUAACCCAAAAGGCGGAACAGACUAGAGCUCUGGUCCUGGAGAGGUGAUCUGACGUGAGAGUUUUACAUUUAUGGAGUUUGACAGAGCAAAGAAGAUAUUUCCACUUGUGGGAAAAUCUGAAAGUGAUAAAUUCAUAUAUCUUCUAAUAAAUUGAAUGAGUCAGUAAUCAAUCUAGUGAAGGAUUUGAGAGAAACUUCUUUACCCAGAGAGUAGAUAGAAUGUGGAAUUCUCUGACAGUAUUUGAGGUGAAUAGCACAGUUAUUGAAGUUUGAGGGAAAAAAGGAGUGAUGGGAUACAAGCAACAGGUUAGAUAAUCCCAGAGUGGGAGGUUCAUAAGCAUAGUGGAUGGUAAAGAGUAAAGUUUACAUUGUAGUAGUGUGUACACUGACCUGACCGUUGCAGUUUCUCAUUCCCGAGAUGUUAGUGAGUUCUAACUUUGCCUUGCUACCACUUUGUCUUACGGCAUCUUUUCUCACCUUCAGAAGUAACUCCGACUUACCACUAAAGUAUACGCUCCCUUUUUGAUUCGGUCUAACCGCUGAAAUGUGAAGUAAUCUGGAGCAUUGUUACGUUAUCGUCCUGAUAUUGUCCUUAAUCUUUUGUGCAGCAGAUGUGCGAAUGUUUAAAGUCACAAAGUCUUGCAACUGCCUGAAUUUUGAGUUCCAUUGUUGUUGUGGAAUGUUUCCCUUCAAAGCAAACCUGAGAUGGUACAAGGGGAAAUGUGGGUAAAUGUGCCUUGAUUGAAAAUUGCCAAUAGGCAAAAAAAACUGUUAAUUUUUUAAAGUUACAUGUGAAGUAUUUAGAUUUAUAGUGCAAUGUAAUGUUAUCCUACUGUUUGAGAAAUAAGCUAUUAAGUCCUGAAAAUACAGUAUUGUAAAUGAAGUUGUAACAAAGAAUUUGAAAUCUAUUUACCACCCCUAAUGACAUGGAAUAAUGCACAGCGCAUUUAUUAUUUUGGUGCAGAACUUGCAGAUGCAAUCAAUCUGAUGUAACUGGAUACAAUAAAAUUCACUCAAACUAUC